CCCCCCUCACACCAUUACACCCAAGAGACCUCUUAACAACUCGCGCCAACUCCAGUAUUGAUCCCGUGAAUCUCCAGUGAUAAGCUGAUAGACCCUUUCUCGAAGAAACCGCUGAAAUCAGAUUUUAAGUUGAUAUGAAUCAUAACCUUCUCGAUUUUUAGAAUACAAACAUGCUCCCCACUUCUACCCCAAGUACUUCCAGUGACGAUGACAUUAGCUCAAUCCCAACAGCUCGAACCCAUUCCUCGAAAACCUCCAACAGAAAUCGCACUGCGCCAAAGGCAGGAAGUAUCACGGAAUACACCCUAGUUGGAAAGGUUCUUGCGGUACUUUUAAUCGUUCUUCUGUUUUUUAAUUACAUGAAAGCUAUGAUUACUGGUCCAGCCCUUUCUCCCGACUCCGAUAGUUCUACUAUCGGGGCAUCCACUGCUACAAUCACAUCUACCAGAUAUACAUCUAGCUCUACCGCCUUCUUUAAUCAACGCUCUCACCCUUUGCCCAACUUUACCUACGUAAUCCGCGCGUCCUCAUCUGGGAAAUUCCUCGCUUCAAACUCAGGCAUUGUCACAUUAGUUGGCCCACGCUCUGGAAAGAAUCCCGGCAUCUACUGGAAAUGCAUCGAAAUCAAAGGAUGGCUCCAUUUUCAGAACACCGCUUCCGGCUGUUUCCUGGGACACAAUUUCUGGGAUGAUAUAGUUUGUACUGCAAGCGUGGCCGAUGGAUGGGAGAGAGUUACUACAAGACAUGUACCAGAGGGAGGAUAUUAUCUGCUAUUAACGCAUUGGGAAAGAUUGUGGAAAGUGGGGAUCAAAGGGGGAAAACUGGCGAAACUUGGGGAAGGGGAGACUGGAGGAUUUGCGUUCACUGGGGAAGAGGAAGGCGAUGUGAUCGCAUGGGAGUUUUUUAAGAUUUAGAGACGCUUGGCUUCGCUAUUCUGCACAGUUGAUGCCUUCAUGGAUGUAAACACGACCUUGAGAGUUGGUAACAGUUUCAUACUCUCUAAAGACUUUUUGAUUUCACAAAUAUACAUCUAGAUUCUCAACAAACCGCCAAGUGUGACGCUUUGUCUUAAAAGAGCUGCAAGAGCGCGU